AAGACACGGCGAAGUGUGUAGCACACGUGUGCCAGCAGAAAUGUUGUGAAGGUACCUUUUUAUUCGGGAUUUACAAAUGGUUUACGCUGCUUUUUUUAAAAAAGUAACAAACAAUUUUAAAACGGCAAGGCAUAUUUCACUGAAGAUACGCUGCGUCAUUUGUUAAUUCCCAAGCAGACUUGGAACAGCUAACGUUAGCUAUUUAACCUAUCGUUAGUUCCAUACCUGGUACAUCCAACGUUAUCGUUGGUUCCCUAAACACAAAAUGUUAUCGGACUUUGGGUUUAUUGGUACUAUACACGACGACGAUGAGAUUCCAGAAGAUCCAGAUUCGGAAUCUGACGGGGAAACUGAACAGCCUAUUGUUUUAGGACGCGAGAAGAAAGCUUUGAAAGGACGUAGCAAUGUCUUCAGUGCCGACUUCGAGUUUGGAGAACGAGAUGGAUUGUACAGUGAAGACUGGGCUAUGGCAGACGUUAUGGCUCAGAUAAAAAAGAGGAAAGCACCUACCACCCUUGAUGAGAAAAUUGAAAAAGUGCGCAAAAAAAGGAAAACUGAGGAAAAAGCUUUGAAGGAGGGAAAAACAUUACAGAGCUCUGACAAAACCAAACUAUCAGAGGAUGGAGAUGGUGAUAUUAAAGAAGAGGAGGAUGAGGAUGAUGAAGAUGCAGGCGAGGAUGAUGAUGGCGGCGAGGAGGAUGAUGAUGAUGAUGAUGAUGAGGAUAAGGAAGGUGGUGGUGAUGAUGAUGAAGCAUCAGGGGAUGAAGAAGAUGAUGACGAAGAAGAGUUCUCCUCAGCAGAUGAAGAGGUUCUCAAAAAAGCAGAUACUCUAAGGGAGAAGAAAGGCAAGAAGAAGGCAGGAGCUGAGCCCCCCGAAGCAUUUUUUGAGGAUGCUUCCAACUAUGAUGACAGUCUUACCUUCCAGGACAUGAACCUCUCCAGACCAAUACUGAAGGCCAUCACAACUAUGGGCUUCAAGCAGCCCACUCCCAUCCAGAAGGCCUGUGUCCCCAUUGGGCUGAUGGGGAAGGACAUCUGUGCCUGUGCUGCCACUGGCACUGGUAAGACCGCAGCAUUCAUGCUGCCCGUUCUGGAGCGACUCCUGUACAAGCCCAAGCAGACCCAGGUGACUCGUGUCCUAGUCCUUGUGCCAACCAGAGAGCUGGGCAUCCAGGUCCACACUGUGGCACGCCAGUUGGCACAGUUCACCAAUGUCUCCACCUGCCUUGCUGUGGGUGGCCUGGAUCUGAAGUCCCAGGAGGCCGCGCUGCGAGCCGGACCCGAUGUCCUCAUCGCCACGCCGGGCCGCUUGAUCGACCACUUGCACAACACGCCCUCGUUUGAGCUCAGCCAGAUCGAGAUCCUCAUCCUGGACGAAGCUGACAGGAUGCUGGAUGAGUACUUUGAGGAGCAGAUGAAGGAGAUCAUCAGAAUGUGCUCUUACCAGAGACAGACCAUGCUCUUCUCAGCCACCAUGAAUGAAGAGGUGAAAGACCUGGCCACAGUCUCCCUGAAGCAGCCGGUGAGGAUCUUUGUGAACAGUAACACGGACGUGGCGACCCUACUCAGGCAGGAGUUUGUGAGGAUUCGGCCCGUCAGAGAAGGUGACAGGGAGGCCAUUGUGGCAGCCCUGCUGACCAGGACCUUCCAAGACCAUGUGAUGCUCUUCACGCAGACCAAGAAGCAGGCCCACCGCAUGCACAUCCUGCUGGGCCUGAUGGGCCUUAAGGUGGGCGAGCUCCACGGCAACCUCUCUCAGGCCCAGAGAUUGGAGAGUCUCAGACGGUUUAAAGAUGAGCAGAUUGAUAUCCUUGUGGCCACAGAUGUAGCCGCCAGAGGUCUGGACAUUGAUGGUGUCAAAACAGUCAUAAAUUUCACAAUGCCCAACACGGUCAAGCACUACGUGCACAGAGUGGGCCGGACGGCGCGAGCGGGCAAAGUGGGCCGCUCCGUGUCCCUGGUGGGCGAAACCGAGAGGAAGAUGCUGAAGGACAUCGUCAAGAAGGCCAAAACGGCCGUCAAGGCCCGCGUACUUCCUCAAGAGGUGAUCCUGAAGUUCAGGGAUCUGAUUGACAAGCUGGAGAAGGAUGUGUACGCCGUUAUGCGUCUGGAGAAGGAGGAACGAGAGAUGUCCCACUCAGAGGCACAGAUCAGCUCGGCCCAGAAGAAGCUGACGCAGAGUGCUGAUGAGAAGGAUAUGCCCAGAAGUUGGUUCCAGACCAACCAGGAGAGGAAGCAGGAUCGCAUGACGAAAGCUCUGCAGGAGUUCGACUUGGCCCUGAGGGGGAAGAAGAAACGGGUGCAGUUCCUGAAAGAUGGCAAGAAGAAAGAAAUGACGGCAGAGGACCGGGCUCAGUUUGAGAUGCUGAAGUCCCAGAUGUACGCAGAGAGGGCUGCCAAACGGGACCGCAGACCCAAGCGAGCCCGUGCCUGUCCAGAAGACGAACCUGUCCAGAAAGCAAAAAAGAAGGGUGGUGGAAAACCUGGAAUGAAGUCAGUGUUUGAUAAGGAGCUAACCAACACAAGCAAAAAGGCACUGAAGCAGUACAGAGCUGGGCCAUCGUUUGAAGACAAAAAGAGACUGGGACUCUCCACAAAGAAAGGGGGAAGUUUCAAAUCCAAAACCAGAUACAAGAGAAAGUAGAGCUAUUCUUCUAGUCAAAGUGGAAGAGAACAAAAUGGAAACUGAAAGUGGACAAGACUUGACACAUUUGUGGUUAACAGUUUUUUUUUUUUUUUUUUUUUUUUUUUUUU